CACACGACCUAGACACAUCAACAACAACAGCGCAGUCUUUAUCAACAAGACUCUGCGAGCAGCACGCGACGUCGGACGUCGGUAUUAAUCAUCUCGAUACAGCCGGUCGCUUGAAAACACCCCUUCCCUCCUCAUCGCACCUCACCACCCACCAUGCCUGUCCGCCUCCGCCUCGCCCGUCACGGCCAGCGCCACACCCCCGUCUUCCACAUCGUCGCUAUCAACUCCUCCAAGAGGCGCGACGCACGCCCGCUUGAGAAGCUCGGCGAGUACGACCCCAUCCCACGAGUGCCUGCGAGCACCAAGAUCCCAUCGUCGUCCUACGUCUUCGGCGAGGAGAAGGCCGUCCUUCAGAAGGAGAAGCGCAUCGAGUGGAACGUCGAGAGGAUAAGGUAUUGGCUCGGCGUCGGUGCCCAGCCAUCCCGUCCCGUGGUGAAGCUUCUUGAGCGGGCCGGCAUUCUGACCACCCCCCACCCUUGGCAGCACCCUUGGUCGCCACCUCCUCCGGCCGCCGACGCUGCGGCGACCCCCGCUGCGACGACCCCCGCUGCUGCGGAGCCCACUGCCGCCCCCAAGGCGGAGGCAUAGGAAGACGGCGAGUCGGCACGAGGGAAUCAGCCCUUCUGGUACAUUGAGGGUCGGUCUUGGGCUGCUUUAGUGGUCAGAUAGACGAGUAGCUGGCAGCAGGCCAUGAUGAGCAUUUAACAGCAUGCAUGUAUAGCACGGUCG